CUGACUUCUCGCCUUGCCCUCUUUAAAAGCGGCAUCCUCCCUCCCCAAAAGACACUUUCCUCCCUAUUCCCUAGGGUGCUUGAGUGGUGAUUUCCCCCACCCACCUUCCUUCUUUCUUUCUUUCUUUCUUUCUUUCUUUUUUUUUUUUUCUUUUUCAAACUAUGUGCUGCUGUUAAAAACCAAAAACAAAACCAAACAGCAGCUGCGGACUUGUCCCCGGCUGGAGCCCAGCGCCCCGCCUGGAGUGGAUGAGCCUCUCCAUGAGAGAUCCGGUCAUUCCUGGGACAAGCAUGGCCUACCAUCCGUUCCUACCUCACCGGGCGCCGGACUUCGCCAUGAGCGCGGUGCUGGGUCACCAGCCGCCCUUCUUCCCCGCGCUGACGCUGCCUCCCAAUGGCGCGGCGGCGCUCUCGCUGCCGGGCGCCCUGGCCAAGCCGAUCAUGGAUCAAUUGGUGGGGGCGGCUGAGACCGGCAUCCCUUUCUCGUCCCUGGGGCCCCAGGCGCACCUGAGGCCUCUGAAGACCAUGGAGCCCGAAGAAGAAGUGGAGGAUGACCCCAAGGUGCACCUCGAGGCCAAAGAACUUUGGGAUCAGUUCCACAAGCGGGGCACGGAGAUGGUCAUUACCAAGUCGGGAAGGCGAAUGUUUCCUCCAUUUAAAGUAAGAUGUUCUGGGUUGGAUAAAAAGGCCAAAUAUAUCUUGUUGAUGGACAUUAUAGCUGCUGAUGACUGUCGAUAUAAAUUUCAUAAUUCUCGGUGGAUGGUGGCGGGUAAGGCUGACCCUGAAAUGCCAAAGAGAAUGUACAUUCACCCAGACAGCCCUGCUACGGGGGAACAGUGGAUGUCCAAAGUUGUCACUUUCCACAAACUGAAACUCACCAACAACAUUUCGGACAAACACGGAUUUACUUUGGCCUUCCCAAGUGAUCACGCAACGUGGCAGGGGAAUUAUAGUUUUGGUACUCAGACAAUAUUGAAUUCCAUGCACAAAUACCAACCUCGAUUCCACAUUGUGAGAGCGAAUGACAUCUUGAAACUUCCUUACAGUACAUUUCGGACUUACUUGUUCCCCGAAACCGAAUUCAUCGCUGUGACGGCAUACCAGAACGAUAAGAUAACCCAGCUAAAAAUAGACAACAACCCUUUUGCAAAAGGUUUCCGGGACACUGGAAAUGGCAGGAGAGAAAAAAGAAAACAGCUCACCCUACAGUCCAUGAGAGUGUUCGAUGACAGACACAAAAAGGAGAAUGGCACCUCAGACGAGUCCUCUAGCGAACAGGCAGCCUUCAACUGCUUCGCUCAGUCCUCAUCUCCAGCUGUCUCCACUGUAGGGACUUCGAACCUCAAAGAUCUGUGUCCCAGCGAGGGUGAGAGCGACGCCGAGGCUGACAGCAAAGAAGAGCACGGCCCGGAGGCCUGCGACGCGGCCAAGAUCUCCACGACCACGUCGGAGGAGCCUUGCCGCGACAAGGGCAGCCCGGCGGUCAAGGCGCACCUCUUCGCCGCCGAGCCCGGCGGCCGGCCUCGGGACGCGGGGCGGCUGGACAAGGCGUCGCCCGACUCGCGCCACAGCCCGGCCACCAUCUCGUCCAGCACCCGCGGCCUGGGCGCGGAGGAGCGCCGGAGCCCCGGCCGCGAGGGCGCGGCCACGUCCAAGGCCGAGGAGGCGCGCGCGCUGCCGGGCAAAGAGGCCUUCGCGCCGCUCACGGUGCAGACGGACGCGGCCGCCGCGCACCUGGGCCAGGGCCCCCUGCCCGGCCUCGGCUUCGCCCCGGGCCUGGCCGGCCAGCAGUUCUUCAACGGGCACCCGCUCUUCCUGCACCCCGGCCAGUUCGCCAUGGGGGGCGCCUUCUCCAGCAUGGCGGCGGGCAUGGGGCCCCUGCUGGCCACCGUGUCCGGGGCCUCCACCGGCGUCUCGGGCCUGGAUUCCACGGCCAUGGCCUCCGCCGCGGCGCAGGGACUGUCCGGGGCGUCGGCGGCCACCCUGCCUUUCCACCUCCAGCAGCAUGUCCUGGCCUCUCAGGGCCUGGCCAUGUCGCCCUUCGGAAGCCUGUUCCCUUACCCCUACACGUACAUGGCCGCGGCGGCGGCUGCGUCUUCGGCCGCGGCCUCCAGCUCCGUGCACCGUCACCCCUUCCUCAACCUGAACACCAUGCGUCCGCGGCUGCGCUACAGCCCCUACUCCAUCCCCAUGCCGGUCCCGGACAGCAGCAGCCUGCUCACCACUGCCCUGCCGUCCAUGGCCGCGGCUGCGGGGCCCCUGGACGGCAAAGCCGCCGCGCUGGCCGCCAGCCCGGCCUCGGUGGCCGUGGACUCAGGCUCAGAACUCAACAGCCGCUCCUCCACACUCUCCUCCAGCUCUGUGUCCUUGUCGCCCAAACUCUGCCCCGAGAAGGAGGCGGCCACCAGCGAACUGCAGAACAUCCAGCGGUUGGUCAGCGGCUUGGAAGCCAAGCCGGACAGGUCCCGCAGCGGGUCCCCGUAAACCCCUCCCUAGAAAAAUCUCUUCAUUCCAGUCCAGUCCAGUCUGCCGUGCACUUUGUUGGAUGUAAAAUAAACCACGGGCGUUCAAGGGGGUUGGCCGCUUCUUUGCGCAGUCCUGCCUGGGAAGGGGUGCCGGACUCCCUCUAGAGAAUGUGCUAGAAACAGGCCCUGUCGUCUUGGUGUGGUUUAUAUAUCCGGGAUCUGGUUCAGAUUCUGGGGCUCAGAAAUGUCUGUUUCGUGGAGCUAUUUGGGGUGGGAGCAAAAGCGUUUUAUGACCAGAGCACCUCCAGCCAGGCUGGUCUGGGAGCUAUGGGAAGGAAGCAAAAGGUAGCCAGGCCCACCAGGAGGGGAGGUGUUGAAAGGCUUCUCCCCCAGUGCAGAUUUAUAUAUUUUUUUCCUUCACCGUGUCAAGUAGAAACAAAAAGAAAAUUUAAAAAAUACGUAUAUACUGGGGACAAAUGAAUACAUAAACAUGAUUCUGUUUGUGAAGAUUAAAAACUUUAUAGUGACUUGCGUAUCAGUUCUCAAUAAAUUACUAAGCAACAUUGUGUGGGGAGGGAAGUCCUUGCCAUCCUUGUUUGGUCUCUAUUAAGGAAAUCUGUGUCUUUUUAAUAUUCUUGUGAUGUUUAAAGAGCCGCUAUAGGUCUCUCCUUGCAUGUUCCACAGUAAUGUAUUUGUGGGUUUUAUUUUGAAAUGCUUGCUUUUAGAGAGAAAAGAACAUGACCCCCACACCUUUCUCCCCUCCCCCCCUUCUCUACCCUCCCAUCAGCAACCCCAAGAGGGAGGAUUUAAAGGGAAGGGGUGGGGAAAACACAAAAGAUGAAUUUAUUUUAUCUAAGCUAUGUAGCAGGAUUUAUGUCCUCCUCUGUCAGUUCAUUCUCUUUCCUGUAUAUGCAAUAACAAGGUUUUAAGAAAAAUAAUAAAGAAGAAGCGAGACUAUUAGACAAAGUAUUUAUGUAAUUAUUUGAUAACUCUUGUAAAUAGGUAGAAUAUGAAUGCUCGGAAAAUUAAACCUUUAAUUUAUUGACGUUGUACAUAGCUCUAUGUAAAUAGGGUUGCAGCUGUCAGGUUUUGAGUUCUUGUUUUCCUUUCGUCAAUUUUAUUUCAAAGUAAAGGAUCGCUUUUAAAACCAGAAAACAACACUUUUCCUGCACCGACACCAACACACUUUCAAGAGUUGCCUGCAAAAAAAAAAAAAAAACAAAAAAAACAAAAAACCUUUUUUUUUUUUUAAAUGUCCAAGAGUGGUGGAAGGUGCCAUUGCCUAUGUCACCCCAAACUGGGAAGGUGAUGCCACAUCCCAGCUCACCUUAAAUUCCUUAAAAUACAACACCCCAAGUGUGGUUCUGAGAUUGCUUGGGGGUGGGGUUGGGGGGGGUGGGGAGUGCAGAGACUGUGGUUUGACUUUCUAAUUUUUCUUUUGUAUUUGUAUUUGCUAGUCUGAUUUCUUCAAAACGAAGUGGGAUUGACUACUGUCUUCAGUAUUGGUGGUGUUUUGAAUUGGUGCCUAUAGAGAGUCACAGUUCACAAGUCAGGUGCUGAGAGAUGGUUUAAAGACAAAAAUUCAUGAAGGUAUAUUUUGUGUUAUAAUUGUGGAUGAAUUCUUUGGUUUUCUGUAUUUCUUCUUCUCUCUUUAAAACAUCAUUGAAAUUUCAAUAAAUUUUUAUUGAAAUGUC